AUGCCAUCCCAUGACUCCUCAUCAGCCAACAUAUUCGAAAGAAGUCCUCACAAGAAGCCGAACCAUGUCCUCAUCAAUGAGUAUCCACCUGGUAUUGGUAUCAUGCCACAUAAGUUGAGUGUUCACCAAGAUGGUGCAGCAUACUGGCCGGUUGUAGCGACCGUCAGCCUUGGAGCUAGCUUGUGCCUGAACCUGCAUCGCAGCAAGGAGGACGGCGCUCUUGAUCCUGAACCUGCUUGGAGAAUCCUCCAGGAACCCCGUAGUUUACUCAUUACAACUAGCGAGCUGUAUACCGACUAUCUCCAUGGGAUUGCUGAUAUCGAAGAAGAUGUUGACUUGAGUGCCGAAACUGUUGCCAACUGGGAUCUGCUCGGUUCUCCCGGUGUAUACGCCAACGGCCGGAAUAUUCGUCAAACUCGCACAAGCCUGACUUAUCGAGAUGUUCUUCAGGUAUCAAAAGUCGCGAACAAGCUCGGCAUCUUCCUCAAACGAUAA